AUGUUGGAAGGUUUCUCCUUCAUCACCAUGCAACUUAUUAUAAAAAGAAGGAGAGAUAAUCUUAAGGAGUUAGACGUGGAGAUAAACAAAUGUCAAGAUGAGAUUCUAAAUGCUCUAAAUCAGGAAGAAUUUGAUUGUAUAACACAAGAGAUUAAAGAAAAUUUAGACAAAGUAGAGAGAGGAGUAGUAGAAAUAAAGAGAAAUAAAUAUUUGAGGGAUACAAGAGAUUACAAGAAUAAACAAGUAAGAUCCUUUUCUAAAUACCAAGGACAAUCUAGAGAUGAACAUUUUGGAGAGGUAGAUAGACAUAACAAUGUGAGAAAAACUUUACCCCAAUAUAUUAAACAUGAACCUAGAUAUAAGAAAAAUUCUAUAUCCCAAAGGACCUACAGAGAAGUUCUGGAGAAAAAACAGAUGGAUAGGAAAGUGGAAAAUAAAUUUGAGAAGAAAGAAUGGAGAAAUAAUUAUGAAUAUAAACCUUACUACAGAUCGCGGAGAGUUAGUUUCAGAGAUCAGUGGAGUGAUAGAAAUGAAGUAAGAAGAAACUACAGACCACAGGGAGAGAGAGAAAGAAAAAAUUCCACAUAUGAGUCUCCCUAUCACACUAGAAAUACAUAUAGGAGAGAGAGAGAAAGAUAUCAGCCUUUAACUCGAGAUAAAGAAAGAUAUCAAUUUCCAACUCAGGAACCCCUGAGGGUACACAAUCAGUAUCAAGUUUUAGAAGGCAGGGAAGGAGAACAGGAUUUUUGGAGGAGUCGGAUUAUAGAAAGACACAAGGAAGAUCAAAGGAAAGACUUUCCUCCAAAUCUCAAGAGAAGGCGAUAUUCAUUCCAAGAGGAAAAAGAGGAGGAAAAUCAGUUAAAAAAAGACAAGAGAGAAAGGAAAGAAAAAGAUUAG